UGUGUCGUUUCUCUUUUCCGGUUUUGUAUUCGUUUUCAGUUUUAAUUCGUACACCGCGGUUCGGACGCGACCUGGUUUUUCGGUAGUGGCUGCAUCGCGAACGGCGAGGGCCCGACGUUGGAAAGUGACACCGAUGCGCCAGCGAAGCGAAGGAACGGAGUCGGUACGCGAGUCGGACACCCAGGCAGGCCGUUAGUUCGAUCAGCUGGUCGUUUGUGGAAUCGCCUUGAAUGUCGGCGUACAAGCGCGCGGGGCAGUUGGCUCUCGCCAGGGCUCCAGGAAGGAUGCGCGAUCGGGGGUGUGCGCUUCUCGAGACUGCCACCGGUUUUCUGCGUGCCGGCCGCUUUACGGCCUAUAACGCGGCACCAUAGCCACGGCCAUUCAAUAAAAAGAAAAAUACCUUCGUGGUUUAUUCAUCCGUCCGGUGUGAAGAGAGUGAUCGACGUUACACACAUGCCAGCAGGGAAUAAGGCUAAUGGUGAAAAGAGCUUGUCGCGGCCAGUGAUUUUCUACGGCGAAGCCCACCACCACGGUAUAUACAAUCGAGAACCGCUAACGUUCGCCGCAUCGUUGUGUACUUAAAGCACGUCAGGUUCAAACUUUGCCAGGCCGAAAGCUACGAUUUUCAAGGUUAGAAGCGACGACACGAAGCAGCGGAUCCACGACGGUGGUGCACUCGGCAUUUUUACGAGACGCGCUUUAGGUUAAGUGCUGUCCGUGGAUCUCCCGGCACCGAAUGACAAAUCGGAAGUAACAGAGAAGUUGUGUCGCGACGAUUUACUUGACGACGAUGCCUCUUCUCGCGGAUGUCACGGCAGUGCGUGCACACGCUGAUCUCAUCGGAUAGAUAUCGAAAGAAACGUUUCCUAUUUAUCGCCGCGAAAUAAAAAAAGAAAAAAAAGGAGACCGAGAUCUCUCUCUCUCUCUCUCUCUCUCUCCUCGCCAUUGCAAGAGGUCAAAUUCGAUGUAUGUUUGUGUGUUCUUUAGUGUACCGUAAAGUUUCCGCAGAAAAAAAAAUACACACACACACAGAGACAGCAGACAGACAGACACACACACACGCACGCACGCACGCAAACACACACACACAGGGAGAAGCCGGUCGAUACAUCGAAAGGUUUGGAAAAAGGAAACUGAGGAGACUCAUCGACGCCGCUCUGGGAUUACCUUCCGCGUUUGUGUUACCGACUGACACACAUAUACGUGUGCAUGUACACACGUUGACGACCGAGAAUGCGUUUUCGGCAGUGCGAGCCCCGAUAAAUUAAACGUUCCAAAUAUAGAGGAGCGGAACGGUGUACAAUCGGUAAUUUGGCUGUGACGAUACCGAGACACGUCGGAUUCUGUGAUCGUGUGGAAACAACCCGCGGUUUGCUCUGCUCGAAGUACACACGACCGUGCGUGUCGCUGAUACAAGAGAGACCGGAAGCAAAUGUAUGCAACUCGGCGACAAAAAUCUGCAGCCUGACGCGUCCGCGGCGAAUCGUUGGGCCCGUUAUGACGUCACUUAAUGGCUCGCAUGAUUUUCGUACUUAAUGCUAAACCUAACCUCAACGCAACCAAUGCAUAGGAAUUAUUAGUAGAAAAAUCGUGGGAACGUUGUUGCAACUACACCGGGCUUCGAUCGACGAGAACGAAGAGGACGAGCGAAGUGCGAUCAGUUCUUAAAACAACGAUUGUGUUUUACAAGUAACCGAGGCGUAUUCGUACUUAAACUAAAAAAGAAAAUUUUCGGAAGAGAAACAAACACUGGUGCCGGCAUUACCUGUUUAUUGACGGUGUAAACCAGUUCGCGGUGGUGAAUUAUUUCAUAGUGAGCACGUCGAGAGUAUUAUGGGGAAACGCUUGUAGAUAUUAAUUAUUUAUUGCUAACCGGGACAACGGUCGGGAAACAGAAAUUAAUCGUGACGAGAAGCCAGCUCGAUUAUUACGCAAAUUAACGUCACACGUUCCUAGAUAAUUUUCGCACGGUGCAGCGCAUUGUUUCAAGAUACCUCGAUGGAGAGUGCCGGUGGUGACAAGCAGAACGAGUCGGACGAGUGCGAUGUGAUCGGGAACAAUCAGCGCGUGAGCAAGAUGACCGGCCAAGGGGACACGAACGCGAAGAUCGGCAGGGGCCUCGGCAAGGGUAUCGGCAAGGGCCUCGGGAAGGAGGAGUCCCUGAAGAACCUGAAGAAUCUGGAGAACAUCGGGCAGAAUGACGAGGACACCGCGAACAAAUUGUCGAAGUCCGGGUCCCAGGACGACGAGGAGGAGGAGGAGCGGGACGAGGACGAGGGCAAGGGGUCCGACGAGGAGAACAAGGAGGAGAAGACCGACGGGAAAAAGGACGAGGAGUCGUCCAGCAGCACCACGUCCACAAGCACUUCCGACGACGAAUCUGAAACCAGUUCGGACGAUAAGACCGAGGCGUCGAAGACCGAGCAGACCAAGACCGUAGAACCGGAAACCAAAAAGGAGGAUCAGAGCAAGAACGACGACACCACCGACGACAGCGACAUCGAGGAUGACUUGAUCUCGGCUAUCAAUUACAACACCAUUACCUCGCUGGCCGCGCUCAAGGACAUGCUGCAGUCCUCCGGGGAGAACUCGGACGGCGUGGACAGCUUCUUUCAUCAUUACUUUCUGUCGCAUGUGAACAGGCUGCCCUCCAGGAACCAAACACACAGUCCUUAUCCCUGGGGUAGAAGGCUGUCCGAGUGCAGGGAGGAGGACGAGUACGAGACCGAGGAAGCCCUCCACCCAUUAGUUUGGGGCUGGCAAUGGCGUCCGGAUAAAGGGAAGAACGCGGAGCCGGCCGCGCCGCCGCUGCCGCCGCCGCUGGAGAACACCGGCGGCAGCAAGAACGACGUCUCGAAGGCCGAGGACAUCGAGGAGAAGCUGGAGAACGCCUCCUCGAAGGCCUCGAGCCCGUCCGCCUCCGAGAAGUCCAGCUCGGAGAGGAUCGAUCAGAAGUCGAUCGGCGGCUCGUCCGCGUCCGAGUUGAAGGCCGCGAUCGCGACGACGACGACGACAGUAACAGCGACGACCACCGCGUCGACGCCGACGGCCACGACCGCGACGACCGUCAACGCGACGACCACCGCCGCCACCACCACCGGCACCACCUCGAGAUUCACCACGUGCACCGUCACCUCGCCGACCUCCACCACCAAGCCCCCUUUGAGGCGCAGGAACACCACGGGCCCCGGAAUGACCUUCCCGGCCACCGAUCCGCCGACCUAUUCCGCCAGCAUGACCUUCUCCAGGACCAGCCCCCUGCCCAGCCCUCAUCUCGAUAAAAGGUACUUCGACAGCAGCCUCAUCGAGAUGAAGAGCCAGGCGAGCAGCUCCAGCACCCUGGACUACGACUCCACGGAGGAGGUCUGGGUGCGCAGGGUAGACUUCGUUCAGGAACGGAAGAGAAAGGAGCUUGGGUCGCAGCCUUUGCCGACGAUCGUCACCGAGGAUGCAGAUAACUUGAGUCAUGCGUCCCAGGAUCAGGGUCACAGGCCUCGAGCAGGAACAUGGGGCUCGCACUCGAGGACUAUCAGGAAACCAACAUCUGGCAGUGCUCCCGGUUCCGGAAAGUCAACGCCGCUCCCGCAACCGGCGGAACCUUCGAGCUCGUCGAGUUCGAGCAAAGGCGGCAGGAAAGCUUCCGGCACUCGGUCUGGAUCCACCAGCCGCAGCAACAGCCGCAGCAGCAGCGUCGAACGUAGAAGAAGCGGCGGCACUGUCGAUGACACGGCCAGCCCCACUAGGAAACCGGCGCUCCUCGACGCCUUCAGGCCAAGGAGCAAGUCCGACGCUAGCAAAAGGAAGCCCAGUAUUAUAGCGAAUAUGAAAAAUGCUGUGCAGCAGUCAUUGCACAGAGGCUCCCAUGGAAGUUCGUCCAUAGAUGUACGUACAGAUAAAGAUCACCACAAAGAGAGCAAGGACCACAAGGAGGGCAGGGAGAUUAUGGGACGCCCUCGAGCUGGUUCAGAAAGUAGCAGGAAUCCUGUCAGCAAAGUUAUGGAUCUCAUCAGACAUAGGAGCCAUAGCGCUCUUAGCGGGGAAGAUAAACGGAAAGCGAGGACCGCGACCCAACACCAGGCGCAAGUGACUGCACAGGGUGCAAUCAGGAGGAGUUCCCUGGAUCCCGGCGCGAGAAGGUUCUCCCUGGGCACCCCGGCGAUACCUCAUCGUGCCUCCGACGCCUGUCUAGAUCCUGUUCACGCUGCCAUACUCUUCAGGGACGCGAGAGGGCUGCCUGUCGUCGAUCCCUUCCUGGAGAAAGUGUCGCUCUCUGAUCUCAAGGAGGACGAAUCACAGAUCUUUGUGAAGUUUUUCAAAUUUCACAAAUGUUACGACCUAAUACCGACCAGUGCCAAGUUGGUCGUUUUCGACACGCAUCUCCUCGUCAAGAAGGCCUUCUUCGCCCUUGUCUACAACGGUGUAAGAGCUGCACCAUUAUGGGACAGUUCAAGGCAAGAAUUUGUGGGGAUGUUAACAAUAACAGAUUUUAUAAAAAUUCUGCAAAUGUACUACACCAGCCCAUCUGUAACAAUGGAUGAAUUGGAAGAACACGAAUUGGAUACAUGGAGAAAAGUUUUGAAGGAUCAAGUUCAUCCGUUAGUGAGCAUUGGCCCAGAUGCAUCUUUGUACGAGGCCAUUAAGACUCUUGUACAAAACAGAAUUCAUCGUUUGCCUGUGAUAGACCCAGACACUGGAAAUGUUCUCUAUAUCUUGACACAUAAACGAAUACUAAGGUUCCUCUUCCUUUAUAUUCAUGAGUUACCAAAACCAUCAUUUACAAAUAAAACACUGAGGGAGUUAAGGAUAGGUACAUUUGAUAAUAUUGAGACAGCCACAGAAGAAACUAGCAUAAUUUUAGCACUCAAGAAAUUUGUAGAGAGGAGAGUUUCAGCAUUGCCAAUCAUUGAUACUGAAGGCAAAUUGGUUAACAUUUAUUCAAAGUUUGAUGUUAUUAAUUUAGCUGCAGAGAAAACAUAUAACAAUUUAGACGUUUCAUUAAGAGAAGCAAAUGAGCAUCGUAAUGAGUGGUUUGAGGGAGUUCAAAGUUGUAAAUUAGAUGAAACACUGUUUACUAUUAUGGAAAAAAUUGUUAGGGCAGAGGUCCAUAGGCUAGUAGUGGUUGACGAUGAUGAUAAAGUGAUUGGUAUAAUUUCUCUAUCCGACUUACUCUUCUACCUCGUUCUUAGGCCUUGCGGUGAGGAUGGCAGUAGCAAUAAAAAUAGUUCUAUAUCAUUAAGAACACAGGACUCUCUAUCAAAGAAUCCGAGUUCUGUGCAGUUGGAAGCUUCUCUUCCUGAUGGUGAACAAGAAGCUGAACCAGACGCAGCUGAAGUAAACCAAUCUGAAGAAGCACCCGCGACACCUAGUCCACCGCUGAGUCCAGCAGCGUCAGAUAUGUCUGAACCUCAAUCUAAUUUAGUAAAUCAGUCUCAAGAACCUGCAUGGCGGGAAGUAACUGUAUCAGGGGGAGAAUGAGACAAUGCAAGUUUGUCAUGCCAUUGAGCAUGAUACUGUGACCGGUUUAUCACUGUGAAAUUAAGAUUAAAUUUACAGUGGAACAGCGGUAAGAAGCGAACAAACAAGCGUGUAUUUUUCAUCUGUUUUUAAUAUUCGCGGUUGCCAUUGUCUUAAAAAUUUAUGAAAAACACACGAAUCGAUUAUUCUGUGCUCAUCGAACCAGUUAGAGACAGAAGUUGUUAUAACAGGAGUUAUUAUAUCACAUUGAGCGCGAAAAUUUACGAACGAAUUUUACUGGACGCGACAAACAAUAAUAAAACGCGACGCUGUGUAAUAUAUAAAGUUGAGUAAGCUUAAUUUUUUAUGGUACAAAUGCUACUCAGCAUAGACGUUCGAGCUUCUUGCCAGGAACGAUCGCUACGCCAUUAAUUGCUCAGGGUAUGAAUUCUCCACGCCCUUUCUUCUAUCGUACACUGGGAAUGUUUCAAAAAGAAUUUCGAGGAAAAAAAUAACUGUUUCGUCCUUUACAUUUAUAAUGCUACUGUGCUUUUUCAUAUUGGAACCUUUGUAUUUUAUUUCCGGUCAAAGAUCUAGAUAUAACGUACUUUAUUUAAUAGAUGUGUACACAAAAUAUGAAAGAAAUAGUAGCUGUAUACUGAAGAGUGUUCCUCCAUAAGGAAUAAAUAUGGACCCCGUUUUUACAAAGGCCUUCCAUGCAAUAACCUUACUGCAGUGAAUACUAUAGUUUUAAUCAAAAGCCUCUAAAUAUCUGCAUCCGGUAUGAUUAUUUGUAAGGAUAAUUUCUUUGUCCAAGAAUAUUUCAAAUCGGACUUAGAAAUUAAGUUAAUUGCACAGGAUAAUUGUGCGACACACACUUCACAGAAAAGAAACCGAUCUGGUGCUUUUGAUUUUAUGUUAUUAGUCGACUAUGAUAUAAUUAUCGAAUGAAUUUAUUGAAAUAUGAUACUAAUUACACAAUAUGAAUCAUUGUUUUGAUACAUACCCUUCAAAAAAGAUUCAUCUACAGGAAGGCACUGUUUGUAUGUAUUUAAGCUGCAAUCUUUCAUUAGAUUUUUAUGUCAUUAUUUUGUGUAUGUCACAAGAUAACAUUUACAAGAGAAAAUGUCACUAAAUAUUAAGUGUCAGGCCUACAAAGCAUUGGUAAAUAAAAUCUUUUCUUACCUUGAGCAUGCGCUGCCACCACAAUCUUUAAUCAGUGCUUGAAAUAUUUAGAGGUAUUCGCAGUACUUUACCCCAAGUUACUUACAAAACAGUUUGAUUGUGAAAAUAUUCAUUUUACACUUAUUUUAGAUUUGUGUGUACAUGUAUAUAAUUUAAUUUAAUUUUACGUCCUUUGAACACUUAUAUUCCGUUUGUAUCUGCUUUACGUGAAGAUUUACGUACGAAUAACGAGUUACAACGUUUUUAUGUGAUCUCUGACCAAAAUUCUGUAUAUUUUAUAAUGGAGAAUGAAAUUGUAAUCGGCGUCGUAUAAAAUGUGAAAUGAAAGUUUUAAGAUCAUGUUUUAUCUCACUAUGAAUUUGCAUGUGUAACCAACGACUAUUUAAAACGAUUUUUUUUCCGAAUAGAUACAAAUAGUUUUACGCAAAUUGUCAUCAUGUUAAUUCUAAUUUUUCGUAUAACGUAUAUAAGUAUGCAGUAUGAUGGUUGAGAAUACACCGAAUUACACUUGAUUCUGUUUGUAAAAAAAAAAAGAAGAAAUUAUGUAUACAUAAUCUCGACAAAAUAAGUGGUAGAAAGCAUACUUAUGCAAACACGAUCAACUGAAGAAACUAGUUUCGUCACGAAAUAUUUCUUUAUUCUACGCCUACUGCACGAAGAAAAGGUGGAACUUAAUGAAUUACGCGAAGAUCUGUGUGUUACAUCUAUAUGUGAAAAUUUGUAUAUAAAAUGGCCUCUGUGCCCAAGGAACAUGAUUUCCUGUUUGGCGCAAAGCUCCAUUUUGCUCUGUAGAAAUAUGGGUAACAAAAGAAACCACCUACUCCAUCUUGACGGAGACAGUGCCUGUAAUUUAGUGAAUUUAUUCCUAGGUACGUUUACGAGAAUAAGAGUUAAAAAAGAAAAGAAAGCUAUUCCAUUUCAGAUGUAAGCCCAGUCAGGAUAAAGCAAGUUUGCGUUAGUAUUAUCAGGAGGCGUAGUGGACAAUGAUUUUUGUACAGCUGAAAAAAAAAAUUAUAGCCGAAUAAGAUUUAGUGUGCUGUAGUUGCGAAACGUUAUUUCCUUUUAGUACAAAAUGCGUUUCAACUUUGCGAGUUGUCACGUUCACUUUUUUCUAGUUUCUAGACUUAACAAAAAUUACGAGUAGCCUACGUCCUGCAGCGCACCCGACUUCAAUAUUGUAUUUACGAACCGCGUUAAAAAAGCACAAUUUACGAAGAUUCUGAGAGAAAACAGGUAUGCGGUAGUUGUUAUUACGCUCGAGGAAAUUAUUGAACUCGGUGUACGCUGCAUUUGCGAACCAAAACUAUAUAUAGACAAGGUAUUAAGAAUAAAUUGUACAAUAACAAAAAUUAAUCGAAUAAAAUUAGGCAGUACACUUUAGUCGCGUCUCAGUACUGUAUAUCCAAGACGAAAAGAGAAAAUGAUUAGCGUAUUAUUCAUGUCCCUCGUACAUACGUGUAAGUUACAAAUGGAAAAAAAAGCGAAUUGCUGAGUGACAAAAUACACCAUAACAGAAACAUUUUA